CUCCACGCCAAGCGGACGCGAAACGGCCCCAAAUGCCACACUAAAACAGCACAGUGCCAUCCAUUGCCCACAAAAGCCACAAACUAUAUACGAGACAGACAUCGGGCAACAAUAGUGAGCGAACCGACUUGCAAUCCUCAGUUCCGCGACUCGGGCCAAAGUUAUGUGAUUUAGCGUUAAUUGCGGAAUUUUUCGCAUCCUGCGUUCUAUUUUCACGCGUGGUCUUCGACGCGUGUGCGUGUGCCCGUGCGCAGGACAUAAAAGCUCCGAUUUUGUUGAUAUACGCAGUCCUUGCAAGGCCAUCGAACAGCUGGCAGUUCCUCAACUCGCGUCAGGCCCACAACCCAAACAAUAUUUAUAAUAUUUAUAAUUUUUAAACGACCAGAGAGCUAAUUCUGGCUGCUUUUAAACGCGGCUGCUAAUUUGUUAUUGAACUCCAGCCGAAAAGACCAAGCAGAGAGAUAACAACAUGUCUUCCAUGGCUGCAAUCGAUCAGAUCAAAAUUGGUCUCAAAAUGGUGGAUUUUAAGGUCCAACAACGUCGCUACAGGACCAGCGAAAAGACUGUCGUUAGCACCACCUACGGACCCAUCAAGGGCGUGAAGAGGAAGUCCAUCUACGGCCAGUCGUACUUCAGCUUCGAGAGGAUCCCCUUCGCCAAGCCGCCGGUGGGCGAGCUGCGCUACAAGGCCCCCCAGCCCCCGGAGGUCUGGACGGAGGUCAAGAGCUGCACCUCCCAGGGACCCAAGCCCCUCCAAAAGCACUUCGUGUUCGAAAUGACAGAUGGCUCCGAGGACUGCCUCUACCUCAAUGUCUACACCAAAAAUUUAUAUCCCACCAAACCAAUGCCUGUGAUGGUCUGGAUCUACGGAGGUGGUUUUCAGUUCGGCGAGGCCUCGCGGGAGUGCUACAGUCCAGAUUACUUGCUGCGUGAAGAUGUGGUGGUUAUUUCCAUCAACUAUAGAUUAGGACCGCUAGGAUUUCUCUGCCUCGACGAUCCCGAGCUCGAUGUCCCCGGCAAUGCUGGUCUCAAGGAUCAAGUGUUGGCCCUCCGUUGGGUCAAGGCCAACUGUUCCCGUUUCGGGGGAGACUCCGCAAAUAUUACUAUUUUCGGUGACAGUGCGGGAAGUGCUUCGGUCCACUACAUGAUGAUCACAGAGCAGACGCGCGGCCUUUUCCACAAGGCCAUCUGCAUGUCGGGAAACACGCUUUCCCCCUGGGCAGUGACUCCCCAGAGAAAUUGGCCCUAUCGACUGGCCGUUCAGGCGGGCUAUACGGGUGAAAAUAACACCCGCGAUGUCUGGGAGUUUCUGUACAACGCCAAGGGAUCCGACAUCAUCAAGGCCAACGGAGAACUGUGCAUCGACGAGGAGAAGAAGGAGCGAAUCGGCUUCUCAUUUGGGCCCGUGAUAGAACCCUAUGUAACCAGCCACUGUGUGGUGCCCACCAAGCCCAUCGAAAUGAUGCGCACCGCCUGGAGCAACAACAUCCCACUGAUCCUCGGAGGCGUCUCCAACGAAGGACUACUGUUGUACACCGAGACCAAGACGAAUCCCAAGUGUCUAAAUGAGUUGGACGACUGCCGGUUCGUGGUGCCCAUCGAGUUGAACAUGGACAGGGAGAGUGCCCUGUGCCGGGAGUACGGCGAUCAGCUGAAACAGUGCUACUACGGCGAUAAGACGCCGAGUCUGGACACCCUGCACGAAUAUCUUCAGAUGGUCUCCCACGAGUACUUCUGGUUCCCCAUCUACCGCACAGUAUUGUCCCGCCUGCAGUACGCCCGCAGUGCGCCGACGUACCUGUACCGCUUCGACUUCGACUCGAAGCACUUCAACCACCUGCGCAUCCUGAGCUGCGGCAAGAAGGUGCGCGGCACCUGCCACGGCGACGACCUGUCCUACUUGUUCUACAACUCGCUGGCGAGGAAGCUGAAGAACCACACGCGGGAGUACAAGUGCAUCGAGCGCCUGGUGGGACUGUGGACGCACUUCGCGGCCUGCGGAAAUCCCAACUUCGAUCCAGAGCAGGAGGACCUAUGGCAACCCGUCGAUCUGGAGUCCGUCGAGAAACACCAGCUGAAGUGCCUUAACAUAUCCGACGAGCUGAAGGUGAUCGAUGUGCCCGACCUUAAGAAGUUGAUGGUCUGGGAGAGCUUCUUCCGACGCGACGAAUUGCUGUAGGGAUUGGCAGAAAUCCAUCUAGACUAGAUCUUUAGCUUUACUUGUGCAGGGGUGGGUCACAUUCGGAGACCAAGAAUAAUGGGCUUGAAUAUUUGAAUAUUUUAAGAAACACAGGAAAUACUUCUUUCAUUCUAAGAUAUUUUCUACAAGCGAAUCUUAGUUUUUUCUGCAAUGAAAAGACCAUAUCCCCGAUAAAAGACCACCGUUUUAUGUUAAAAAGUGGUAAAUUUGACCACGUAGUGUUCAAUAUUUUUGAAACCCAUUUAAAGCGAGCCCACCCUAACCAUUAAGAUUCUGAAAGCUUUACGUUUAAGCCUCUGUUCGAAACAAUGCAAAGCGUAGCUUUAGUCCCGAAAUCAAGAGAGUUUACUGCUGUUAAGUUUGUUAACGAGAAGAAUUAUACGUGCGUUAAAGUUGAUCCGUUUCUGUCUAUAUCUUGUCGGAUCGAAUCUGUAGUUUAAGCAGGCUGUUUGUAUAUAGUUAUGACUCAUAACCCAUAAGUUUGAGCCAAGUCGCAACUGAAGUACCUUCUUUGAGAAACUACCAAACCAACUAAACCAAACUAAACAAGACAGCCUAGGAAUCUGAGCAUGAACUUAUAUUUAACGUUCCUUUAAGACUCGCUGAUAACUUUAAAAGGCCAACUAAUAUCAACUGUAUUUUAUACAACUAAAGUUCGAGAUUGUUUUAAGACCUCAGCACAAACUUAAGUUAAGAGUUCCAUUCUUUUCUUCCAUUACCCAACGCACGCACAUUUACAACAAGGAAAUUUCCAUUUGUGUUUCGAUAAGUCUAAAUCUUAGCGAGACAACUAGUUAACCAUAACAAAUUUCUUUAUAUUAUUAGCCUAAGUCUUUUUAGAUAUUUACCCUUUUGUAUGCAUAGGUUGUUUUUGGUAAAAUGUUAUAUUUGAACAAACAGACAACCUGUCCAAGUUUUACAUCGUUUAUAGAAUAUGAAAGGAAGAAACAAAAACUAUUUAUAUGAAGUCGUUUAUGAAUGUCCACAAGAAGAUUACGAUUUAAGUCAGCCGGCUAAACUAGUUUGCCUAAGAAUUCUCUAUGUAUCCGAGUUGGAAAUACAAAUUUAUUGUCGAAAAGCUUCAAAGCCUUGUGAUGCAAAGUAAUCUAUGAAAUUUAACGAUGAAUAAAUCCAUAUUUUAUAAAAAAUAA